AUGGAUAUUCCCCAAGUGGAUAUGUUGGCUGUUUCGAAGAACAGUCGCGUUCAGCGUAAGUUGAUUCUGGGUUAUGUGAUUCCUGGCCUCAAUGGCGUGGACUAUGCCGAUGUCAGCCGAAUCGAUGGGUUCUAUCUGGAUUGCCAGAAGUAUCGCGACUACUAUCGCGAUCCGUACGGCAAAAUGCCCAAGCCGGAGAGGUUCCGCCAGUAUCAGGGCAAGUGCGGCGUCAGGCUGGAUAAUUCUCAGGGGGAUAUGUUGCUGCCCCCUCGAUCGAGUGUCGAGCGCCUGCCCAUUGUCUAUCCUGUUGACUACGGCCACCCAAUGGACUCGAGCAAGAGCUACAGGACAUUAUUGACGGGCAUCUACAAUCCCAUCACGCACUCCGGAUUCAAGCGAUAG